AUCGUUCACAAGAAUUUGCAAAUGCUACCGAGUUUCGUCCGGUUUCGCCGGAUCUGAUGGCAACCUCACCCGAUCUGGUCACGACUAUAUCCGAACCGACCGUUCCCACACUUUCCCUAUCGGUUCCAGUCCCUUCUGAAGAAAACACGGACGAGCAGGGAUUUAGCCUUCUGAAAGAUGUUUUGGAUGUUGAUAAGAUUGCAACACUACCGACGCCUUCUACGAGAUGUAUUUUUACAAACGUUCGAGAAAGGCUUCAGCCUGCAAGGGCGAGCUCGCCCGAUGAUGAAAUUGAUCCUUUUGAGUUUCGAGACGAGGUUUAUACGCCACCAUUAAGUAAGCGCAAACGAAAAUCGCGAUAUAAAGAGAGGUCUGGUGCCAAGAAAAGAAAAAGCCAAGAUUCUAGCGGGAUAAAUAGGAGUAAUGAUGGUCAAGUGUGGGAAAAUUAUGGUAAGUAUACUUUGCGGGCUUGAUGAUGCAAUUACUGUACCUGAAAAAUACGAACAAACUUGUUCCCCUUGGAACUCAGUGGUUUUCACUAAAACUUAUAUCGGACAGGAAAGGUGGUAAAAUGCGACAAAUGAUCGGCUAUAAUGUCCGUGUUGAGCAUUAAGUAUAGAUGGCUAUAUCAACGUUUGGCUCGGAACAUGGCCGAGUAUUGACUGGGGGGGGGGGGCAUGGAUUUUCCUGAUAGUUCCUCCCAGUAGUUUGCAUCUGUAUUUACCUUGGAAUCUGACUCUGCCUUGCAUGUUAUCUAAAUUAGUUUGAUGUUACUGUAUAUUCCUAAAAGUAUUAUGAAGAUUCUCAGUGCACUGAAAUAAAUAUUUUCUGUUAAAAAUAUAGCAUGACAUCCAGUUUGACAACUUGUUAGUGUCACACAGUUAGAGUGUCCGAGUGUCGAUUUAUUUUAUUAUUUGCCAUUUUGCCGAAAAGUUUCAAUGUUCUCUUGCGGUCCCAAAAGGCAACAUAUUUUUUCCCACCCGUGAACGUAAGUAAAUCCCCAUAUCCUUGUCCUGCAGUAGCAGGCUUCACUCAGCGGGAAGGCGCAAUCUGUCACCCAUGCCCCUCGUAUCUGUUACCCAUGCCCGUCAUCUACUGCCGUGUAACCCAACGUCGCAAGCCAGGCUCCCUUACCUUCGCUUCCCCCAGAAAACGCGAGUACAUUUUCUGUUUUCGUUUAGGUACACGGUGUCGCGAAUCAAAUCUCGAACAACGACAAUCAAGUAAAGAACGUUUCUGGAAGAUUGUGAAAACCAACAUCAUUACAACCACAACAACAAUUAUAGAAACGCAGACGGAGAUUAUAUAUACUACACAAGAUGGCGCGGUUAUCACUAUGAAAAGUAACACCGAGUUUAGUGAACCCACAUAUAAAAUAACAACGAAUGAAAAUGAGACGCGAGAGGACGUAGAUGUAAUUCCCAGCGAGGUCACUUUUAGUUGUUCAAGAAAUACUGAAGAAACCCCUCAUGGAGAAGCAUCCACCUCAACAAACAAUAGGAAAAGUACAGCCUCUGUUCAGAGACAUUCAAAUAUAUCUCGUGUAAAAGCACCCGCAAACAGUAGGGCUACAGCACUUAAACAAUCUGUUCAAGGAAAUUCUAUGCCAACAAUAUCAAAACAAGCAAGGCAAAGCAAAGAGUGUGAUAUCAGACACCCCAAGGUUGCUCAGCCAACAAAUGAAAAAGACGUCUCCGAGACUGCAGACAGCAACGUAAACGAACGGUCUAAAAGCAAGUCGGCGGCAAGGCUAAAUAAGGAAAGUGAUCUGAGAAGCUCGAACGUUGUUCAAGCAACAAAAGACAACGAUAUACUUAUCUUAGACAGUUCGGGAAGCUCUGUAAACGAACUAUCUAAAAGCGCGUCAACACCAAGUACCGUUAGCCCGCCAUUAUUCCCAGCUUCCUUAAAUUCAACAUCGUCCAUCAGCAGCCCUGAUGAGAAUACCUCCAGCACUGAAGGAAAAACUGAAACUCUACCUCGGAAACAAACAACAGAUAAUGCGACAUCUUUACCGAAGCAGAAACGCAAACGUCCCCUCUCUGUGGAUAAUCAAAGAACGUCACGCAGAUCUUCUAUGUGUCCACGUAUCCCGCACGUGUUGCACGAAGGUACACGCGUGUUAGCUCUGUGGUACGACAAACAUUAUUACCCCGGUCACGUGGUUUGUAAAUGUAAUAAUGAUACAAAAUAUCAUAUCGAGUUUGAUGAUGGUGAUCAAAGCGACAUCCAGGAAGAGUGUAUUGUUGUCGCCGAAUAUUUACCAUGUGACCAACCAGUGAUGUUCUGCGAAAAGACUGGAGGCGAAUAUAUUGAUGGCGUCAUCCGAGGGUUUUAUAAGGAUGGUGAUGACAGAGGGUAUAAGGUGUUAGGAGCGGAUAAGAGAGUUGUACGUUGUCCACGAAGUAAUGUCAUGCUUAGCACAGAGCAAGCAGCAAUAUUUCUCUCGCUCAGAGAUUCUAUGAUGAUUGUUCAGGUUUCUUUGGAGUCUCUUGAUAAUAAUUCAACAUUAAAUGACAAUGAAUCUCGUCAGAAUAUAAUCAAAACUGCACGAAGAUCACACGAGAAGGGCACUAAGAAGUCGCAAUCAGAUCAGAAAGACGCUCCGACUGAACCGCGAGGGUCUUGCGAGCAGCGCACGAAGAAAUCACGAUCAGGUCACGAAGACGCUCCGACUGGACCACUUACUGAUAGAGAUACAAAUACGAAAGGAAAAGCACAAGGAAAACGUAGAGGAAAAGAUAUCGUUAAAAUUGUGCCAGAGAAAGACAGUGGCGUCAGUGCGAUAAAGAAACGCUCUAGAGGCGGAGAAAACAAUAAGAAAGUCUUGUCUGAGAGCUCAUCAAAGAAACGCGGAGAAGAAAACGUCAAUGUAUUGCCAGACAAUAAUGACUCGACGAAGAAGGUAAGAGAAACUGCAGUGAAGCAUCGAAAUUCUAGCGCGUCAGAAACGCCGAAGUCAAGUCAUAAAUCCACCGGGAAGAAGUCUGCUACCAAUAAUUUAGAGAACGGUGGUAGCAAGGACAUUGAUAUACAUGUGAGUCGCGUACGACGUCGUUUAUCCACAGUCAUGAACGAUCCCCUUGAGAAGACUCGUCGUAUCCCUACACGUAAAUCACCGCGGAAACUCAACUCUCGGGCUAGGAAUGAAAACUUAAUUCUACCUACCAAUAAAGAUCUCUUCCGUGGCUAUGGAUUCAUCCUUACCGGAAGUGACGUCACGAGCGUCCCGGAUGAGAACAGCCCUCAAGAAGAAGAGCAAGUGUUUAUCAGAGAUGACGUCAUUGCACAAAUAAAGACUGGUGGUGGAGAAGUGUUGAAUAAGUUUCUUGAAGAUUAUCCGGCACGUGAUUCGUGUUUUUUGUUAUCAAAUGGUUGUCAAACAACAGCAAAGUAUUUCUAUGCUUUAGUCUUAGGUGUACCGUGUUUAUCUCAUGCCUGGGUACGAGAUUGUUGCGCUGGGAACAGUUUGGUUAGUGUCAAGAACUAUUUGUUACCCGCUGGAAAAGAUCUCAUUACAGAACAUUUAGUGGAAGGACAAAACUAUAAAGACGCUCUCCGAGGAUUGAAGGUAACAAAAAAAACUCUAUUCAUAUUUUUAUUCAUUUGUAUUUUCAAAUGUUGUUAUCCAUAUUAAGGUCGAUUUAAGGUCCAGACACACCGGUCGCGAUUCGACAACGCGAUUUUUCGAUUUUCACUGAACGAUAACUUUGAUCCUAGUUUAAAUUUUCCAAAUAUUUAGAAGCGUUAGAACAUUUUGAGUUAUUUGGUCUACAUAAUAUCGAAUCGCGUCUGGUGUGUCUGGACCCUUAAGGCCCACACAGACCGGACGCGAUUUGGCAACGCGAUGCGAAUUUUCAGUUGUCAAAAACAAAUAAAACCGUCAACGGAUAAAAGUUUUACAAGAUAUGCAGGCCAAAUAGCUAAAAUUGCUUAAGUGGUUCAGAAUAUUUGAAAAACAUAGAAAAAUAUUGAAGUUAAAUGUCAUUGAAAAUACGCGUCGGGUCUGUAUGGACCUUUACACUCCACAACCUUUGCCUAAAACUGUCACAUAUGCAACCUGCUCACAACUUGAGUUGUACUGUGUAAAUCAAGCAUACAACUAAUCUACGAUAACGUAUAGACGAGUUGUGUGCUUGAUUUACACAGUACAACUCAAGUUGUAAGCAGAUUGCAUACGAUAGAGAGCUCCAAUAGAGAGCUCAAUAGAGAGCUCCAAAUCUAUUUUCCACUUCAAUCGUAACGUACCGUAGCCUUUCCGUUUGUGUUGAAGUCAUUAGCUCAUGGAACAAACAAAUAGCCACGUUCCGGUUAGCUAGAGUAGAAAGCAUAAACACAUAGCAGUUAAAGAUAGCAACAAAUUUGGCGACAGCCGUUCUUGUUUCAAAACCCAACGUGGAACAUUGCACGGAUUGCAGAUUGCUGACGCCUGAACUGACGAAAAUGUCGACUGCUAAAGCCUUCUUGUAUACCUUCAGAAAACGUUUUCAGAGGAGUUUUUAAUGUUACGUAAGUUACGUAACACGCGUUCAAAAUUAAUAAGUAUAAUAUACCAUUUGCGGUUAUGACUCUCUAGAUCAGUGUUAUGAUUACAUUCAAAAUUUUAUCGGCAAACAAAUUUAAAAAGUAUGUUUAGUGCUUUAUCUGUGAAAUAAUGCGGCUAAAAUUAUUCAAGUCUGAAGUUCAGUCAGUUUUGCUUAUAUUGCUGUAAAUAUGACUUACUGCAUGUAUAAUUGUAUGUUUCUCAAUCGGCAACUGUAUAAACUACCGUAUAAAGAAUAAAGCCCGCCGCACACGAGAGCAGCUUGCUGAGCUAACCGCCUCGCGUGGCAGCUAGCUAAGCAAGUUUCUCUCGUGUGCGGAUAGUUUUCGUGAGGAUUUGACCUCUCGAGACCUUGAGGAAAAUAUCUUUCGUGUUUGAUAUUUUUCACCUCGCGAGGAAAAAAUCUCAGCUUCUGCGGAUAUUGUGAGCUAAGUGCUGAGCUGUUUGAAUCAAUUAGCCAAAGAGAAACCAUAGUUUCUUCAUGUGACAUAGAACACAAUGGAGGAAAAUGCAAAUAGUUUUGUUAAUUAUGUUGUUGUUGAGUAGUUUUCCCAACGUGUGCGGUGAAAAUACAUAGCUGAGCUAGCUGCCACUCGAGGCGGUUAGCUCAGCAAGUUGCUCUCGUGUGCGGCAGGCUUAAGGCUAAAACAAAGCAAUUUUUAUCGCAAAUACGCGACAUAUAGAAAAAAUAUGCUUAUUAAAGUAAUGGCUCGAAAGAUUUGCAUUAAUAAAUUUACGUGGUGUUUCCACAAACAAAACUAUUAUAAUGUAGUAUUGUUUUCCAAAGGUACAUCUUGUUGGUGAGGAUGAAUUCAAACAACAGUGGAGUGAAGUCUUGACAGCUGCAGGUUGUGAAAUCCUGCAGAAACUUCCAACAAAUAUCCUUCAGAAACUUCAACAUGGGGACAACGAAUUUGUCUGUGACGUCAUCGUUGUGGGAAAUGGUCACGUGGCACACAGUACCAUACAGAAAGCGCGGUUACUAAGCAUACCCACAGUGACCAUUCACUGGGUUAAACAAUGUAUUUUAACUGGAACAAGGGUUGAUUUUAACGCUCAUGAAAGUUUUAUUUAUAGAGUACAAGGGAAAUAA